GGACAUGUCUCGCGGUGCAGCUAGCGCGGUGCGAGCCUCAGUGUCGUGCUUGUGUGCAGUUGCUGAGGAAAGCCACGGAGUCGGGACUCUGGCAGCAACAGUAUCCACCACAUCUCCGCAGUAACCUCAUCCGUGCGACUAGCUGUCCGAUGCAUCGCAGUCUGUGAACAUGGUGACGAGACUUGUGUUGUUGUUGCUGGCGCUGGUGUCGCUGUCCACAGCGGGUCCGCGGUCCUCAAGAAACAAAGAAAUUCAGCUUGAUGGCAGAAAUGAUCUCACAGAGAAACUCGUUGUGGGUGAAAAGUUACGACUGCGUUGUAACUCUGAGGCAAAUAUCACCUGGCACAAGGAUGGCACCAUCUUACGAUCCAGACCACCCCUCCUCAAGAUCACCAGGCAGGCAAUGAAGUUCAAGGCAGUAAAACAUACUGAUGCUGGCAGAUAUGGCUGCUGCAUCCAGCUGGAGAAUGGCACUGAACAGUGUCAUAAUAUCACACUAAUGGUAUAUAAUACAAUUGCACACGCUGACUUUCUCCAAGAUGUGGCAGCAGCACAUGUUCAGGGAAUGAUUGAGCAGCGGGAAGAUCUGCCCACAGGUGGAGACAGCUACAAUUACGAGAUUGAUCCUGUGAGGCAACUGAAUGAUGCAGACGUAAUGCUCAGAGCAAACCUGACGUCCAUGUCCCUUGUACAUGAGCUUGAAGAAGCCCCAGACAGUGAGAAUACCCAUGUAGCAGGAGUAUACAAUGAGACAUUGCCUCAAAUGGCACCCCACUUUGUGAAACCAAACAUCAUGAAACAUGAGGUGAAGAAAUAUGCUGGAAGUACAGUGGUUCUCAGCUGUCCUGCCAAAGGAAACCCAGAACCAAACAUUACUUGGACCAAGGACAGAAAUAUCCUGAGUAACCACCAUUAUGGUCAGUGGUCUCUUAGAAUUGAAGACACUGUUUUAUAUGACUCUGGAAAUUAUUCAUGCUUUAUCUGCAACGUCAUUGGCUGCAUUAACUUCACGUUUGAAGUGGACAUUAUUGACCAUCAUCUCCAAAAACCAAAUCUAACAGAAAUUCCACAAAACUCAACUGUCAUGGUGGGCCACAGCGUUUCAUUUCAUUGUGAAGGUAUAUCUGGACCAUCAGAUGUUACAUGGUUUCAGGGGUAUUUCACCUCCCACGUUGAUGCAAAGUUCAGAAUACAUACUGACACUCCAGAAAUUCUAACUCUUAGAAAUGUGACACAUGAAGAUGCGGGUUGGUACACCUGUGUUGCCAACAACGCCUUUGGGAUUACAUUUGCCAGUGCUUAUCUUCGUGUUGUUGACAUUCCAGAUAAUCUCACGCCAGUAUCUCACUUGAAUGACCAAGAAGAUUCACAUGAUACUGAGACUAACAGAGUAGCAGGGGAGUAUAAUGAGACAGUGCCUCAAAUGCCACCCCGCUUCACCAAGCCGGGAAACAUGAACCGCAUGAUCGCAAAGCCAGCUGGGAACAUGCUGCGCCUCAAGUGCCCUGCAGAAGGAAACCCAGAGCCCAACAUCACUUGGACAAAGGAUGGAGCACCUCCUUAUCGCCAUUUAUACAGCAUCCGUAAUGGUCGCUGGUCUCUUAUACUGGAGGACUUGGUGGUAUCAGACUCUGGAAACUACACAUGCAUAGUCUGCAAUUUGUGUGGCUGCAUUAACUUCACAUACAAAGUGGAUAUCAUUGAGCGAUACCCUCACAAACCAUAUGUGAAGGAAGAUUAUCCACGCAAUGUGACGGCUCGGGUGAACACAACAGUGAUGUUUAACUGCCCCACAUAUUCUGACCUUGAGCCUCACAUACAGUGGAUAAAGAUGCCUCACAUGUUUGAAGAAGGAACAGAUCCUAUGGAAGACAAUAGCACUCUCCUUGUACAGUCCAGUCUUUCAACUGAUCGUCCAGAAGAACUGGUGCUUAGUAACGUAUCAUAUGAAGAUGAGGGGUGGUACACCUGCAUCGCUGGAAACAGCCUCGGAAUGACAUAUGCCAGUGCAUAUCUACAUGUUGUGGACAGUCUAGAAGACGACCCCCCACAGAUACCGAAGCUGCAGCCGACACUAGUGAAUAUCGUCGCAGUAGUGCUGUGCACACUCUUUCUGGCCGGAGUGGUGAUCAUGAUUGCCAUAUUCCACAGACUGAAGAUCAAGAGAGAGAAGAUGAAAAAGCUCCUUGCCAUCGAGACAGCACGAGCAGCGGUGGUCACCCAAUGGACCAAGAAAGUGAUUGUGGAGAAACAGAAUCUUGCUAAUGCUCAGAACACACAAGAACCACUCCUGAUGCCAAUAGUGAAAAUUGAGAAGCAGAAGUCGCACAGUCAGAUGGGAACUACAUCUUCAGGUUCAGACCUCGUGAUCUCAGAGUAUGAGUUGCCACUUGACACAGAGUGGGAAAUACGCCGAGACAUGCUCACAAUGGGCAAGUCUCUGGGUGAGGGAGCUUUUGGCAAGGUCAUAAAAGCAGAGGGCCAGGGUAUAGUUAAACAAGGAGUCGGCACCACUGUUGCAGUUAAGAUGCUUAAAGAGGGCCACACGGAUACAGAAAUGAUGGAUCUGGUAUCAGAAAUGGAGAUGAUGAAGAUGAUUGGCAAACAUAUCAACAUUAUCAACCUUCUGGGCUGCUGCACGCAGGAUGGACCACUGUAUGUUGUAGUGGAGUAUGCCCCACAUGGAAACUUGAGGGACUUCCUGCGUCAGCACCGACCCUCUUCUGGUUAUGAGCCUGCCAUUGGUACAGACCUCAAGGAGAAGAAGACACUAACACAAAAAGAUCUUGUCUCUUUUGCCUACCAAGUUGCCCGUGGCAUGGAGUACCUUGCCUCACGGAGAUGUAUCCACCGUGACCUGGCUGCUCGUAAUGUGUUGGUGAGCGAUGAUUAUGUUCUGAAGAUUGCUGACUUUGGUCUUGCAAGAGACAUCCACUGUCAUGAUUACUACCGCAAAACCACAGAUGGUCGAUUGCCUGUGAAAUGGAUGGCUCCUGAGGCCCUGUUCCACCGUGUUUACACAACACAGUCAGACGUGUGGUCAUAUGGCAUCCUGCUAUGGGAGAUCAUGACACUAGGUGGCACCCCAUAUCCGUCAGUGCCAAGCGUUGAGAAGUUGUUCCAGUUGCUUCGCAGUGGACACCGAAUGGAGAAGCCACCCUGCUGUUCUCUUGAAAUUUAUAUGUUAAUGCGUGACUGCUGGAGCUACCAACCAAAUGAGAGGCCCAUGUUUGGAGAACUUGUUGAAGACUUGGAUCGCAUUCUCACCAUCACUGCCAAUGAAGAGUAUUUGGACCUGGGUCUUCCCCAGCUUGAUACACCACCGUCCAGCCAGGAAUCCAGUGAUGAUGAGGAAGCAUUUCCAUACCUCUUGUAGCAGGAACACAGAUGAGGGAACUUGUCUUGAGGUUUCUCUCUCAUCAGAUUCUUGAAGCAAGAGAAUGUUUUACAUAUAUGCUUCAUGUUGGGACUUGUGAGAACAUCCCUUUGGCUGCUCUCUCUGAGCAUCUUACACACAUUUGUUAGUUGAGUGAGUGUUUGUGCAUACUGAAGAUGAAUCAUUCUCACCGUGGCUGAAAGAAACUUCCUCUAGUGUUUGUCACUGGUCAGUACAUCUAACUAGUCAUAUAGGAGACAUGAGGCACAUUUUGAGUGGACUGGACUGUGCUUACAUUGCAAGGAAGAGUGCCUCAGGAAAUAUUUAUGCCUAUAUUUUUUUAAAGAGUACAAAGUGUUAUAAGUUAUGGACUCUCGUCUUCUUCAAUCCAUAUUUAUGCCUUACAGUCACAAUAUGAGUUUUGUAAAUCUGCAUUAUGGCUUUUCUAUAUAUUAAGACUAAUGUCCAUUUAAGAUCUGUUCACUUGUUUUUAGAGAAGUGAUUGUUCAUGACAUGGAUCAUAUAACACCAAAAUGGAUGUAAAUGUUACCAGGUUUUCUCAAAACAUAAUUAAUUAUAACUAAUUUGAUAAUAUUAAAUGUCUGUCUUGUUCAGAUAUUUAAAGGCAAGAGGGUUCAUUAGUUGAAAAUUAACCCCUAACUUUGUACACUACACUGUCAUCAGCACAUUUAUGUUCUUAUAACAAAAUUGUGCUGAUGGCAAUAUGUUUUUUGUGGAAUCAUGACGGGAACCACUAGAACUUGAGAUCAUGAGCAUAGAAACAGAUGUCCCAGCAAGCAGAAGAUGCAGUCUUUGUUGUAUUGUUAACAGGACUACAUAAAGCAACCUUUACAUUAUCAUUAUCAUUUAUAAAUAUAACAUUUGCAAAUUAAUUAUAAUGUGUAAAAAUUAUAAUUUGAAAUUAAUCUUACUGCAACAUUGACCCCUCCUUCUUUCAAAUGCAUUUUGCUUGGUGUCCCCACACGUAACGUAGCAUAACAAUAAUGUGAUUACGUAAUGAUAACUCUCUAGACCUCUAUUUUGGAGGCGCUCAAUUUGAAUUAUGGUCAUGCACUGGCUAUCCUGACUUUAUGUUCUUGUGGGUUUCCUCAGUCCCAAUUGGUAGCCUAAAUGUCAGAAUAGUAUCAUGAAAAGCCACAACCACUUCCAUUUAACUUAUUUCUAAUUCAUUAUUCAGCACUGUUUAGUCUGAAAUACUGAUGCCAUAAAAUAAACCACCAGGAAGUACCACUAAGCAUAACAGAAACACUGAAUAGUAACAUUUCAAGAUGGACCACAGCAAAGUUGUCUUCAGCCUAUAAUGUAAGCAGAGUGUAAAAUAUUCCUUAACAAAGAUAUGUGGCAGGCCAUAACAUUUAUCAUCUGUGCAACAUAACUAUUAUGCAUGCAUGGGUCCAGUGUUGCACUGAUUAGGAUACCAUUGUUCCCAAGUUAGUCUGGUCAUAAGCACCAUAGUAGCGGGAGAUUGAAAUCCUCUCUUCCUAGACAGUAGAGGUCAACGUUUACACAGUCAUCUUCUACUUGUUGCAGCAGCCCUGUUUUCACAAAGUUCAAAGAAAUUUAUGGGAAGUUCUGUCACUGGAUUUCUAAUACCCUGUCACUCUUAUUAUUAUUAAGAAAUUUCCCUAUACCUUCAUCACUACUGCUGCAUGCUUCCUUUAGAGCUUGAGGAGCAGCCAUAUAGCGAACAGUGGGUAAUACAUUGAGAAGGGUGUGGUGAUUUUCUUACAAAUCAUUAAUCAUCCAGUUAUUUGAUGCUUUAUAUCAUUGAUACUGACAGUGUCAUUGCAUAACCAACUAAGAAAAUAUAUCAUGUCUCUUGAGAGAAAACAAAUUGGCAGCCUAUAACAUGUUUUUACAUACACAUUAUUUUCUGUAAAACCAAAGCGCUAAAAAAAUAAAUGAACAUAAUUAUGUA